UGGAUAGUGAAGUACUCACAGAGAAAUCGAGGCUGUGUAGCCAUUCUUUGACGACGGCAGGAGGGCAGGUGGCACGCUUAUGUAUGAUUAACCUUCUGGUGAAAUGCCUGGUUUUGAAGGCACUGGCCCAAGUUCAAGGACUCUACCUAUGUUGAUGGGUCAGAGGAGCAUUGUGGGAUUUGUUGUUCUGAUCACAUGGUUAGUCUUGUUCUACCUGCUGGUGAAUGUAUGGCUGCUAUGUAUCUUCACCAGCCUUUUAGUGGUGCUGGGAGGCUGGCUGGGCUCUCGUGCUGCUCUGGACGCUAACAGCCUGCUCCACUUGGAGCACUUCCUGCCAUUGGGCCAAGCACCUCUUCCACAUGUGUCCUUGGAGAGUGAGAGGAGGCUGGAUUGGGAAAUUCACUGCGCUGUGGAGAAGGCUGUAAGGGACUUUGUGUCAUCCUGGUAUCGCACCUUGGUGUCUGAGGAAGAGGGUGAAUUUCAGCAAGAGAUUAGGGAUACCAUGCUGACAGCAGCUGCAGAGCUAAAGCGGCGGGCAAGGCAGGUGGACAGGCGAGUGCUGGCCCAGAGAAUGCUGGAGCUGUGUGGAUGCCAUCUACAGAGUUUCAGCCAGGCCAAAGGACUCCAGAAGGUGGUGUUAGCCACGUCUGUCCAACCACAGCAGCACGGACCCCGAAAGCAGGUGGGCCAACAGGGUCCCAGGUCCACCUUGUGGAUGUUGUACAGCGAGGUUAGUGCACCACACCCUGCCCUGGCCAGUUCUGCAGCUGAGCUCUGUUAUUCCAGGGCUGUGAUGGACCUGUUGUUGCAUAUCCUUGUUCCAUACCCACACUUGGAGACCCGUACUGGCCGUUACCUGGUUGGGGAACUCAUCACCUGUAACGUUCUUCUGCCACUGGUGGCUCAAAUAUCCAAUCCAGACUGGUUUAACCAGACCAUUGUAGAUGUUUUCACCAAAUCUUCAGGUCAGGAUGCUGAAGGUACAAUGGAACCACCAAGCCCUUGGGAUCGGGACUUCCACACACCACUUCCGUGGGAUCACUCUGAAACCUCCAGCAUGCAGACAGCAAGGUCUAAUUCUACCCUCCCCCUCCAAGAGUCUUCAACAUCCAGUCUACAGAUGCUUUGGUCCUCUGAGGACUACACAAAAGAAGGGGUCACCUCAGAAUCACCCUACCUAGAAAGAGCAGCCCCAAGCCCACCUGAACUUCUUAGUUCUCCAUACAAGUCCAGCCAGCUAUACUACAACACUGAUUAUGGCAUAGAGUCACCUUUAUCGGAUAGCAACAAGAUCUCAAAUGAAUCUCUGUAUCUGAAUGAAUCUGAAGUCGACAAGGACGAAACCUUCUGUGACUGUAUCAAUCCUGCUGAAUUCUGUGGUUUGGUGUGCCUGGAUGAUGACACACUGGCACUUCUGGGGAAACGCAUUAGGCCAAAGCUUCUCAUAUCAGAGCCCUUGUCCCGUCCAGAGAGCCCCAUGGAAGAUCCUUUUACUGGAAGUUUGUCUCAGGAUACAAACUCUAGCCCUGGUGGAACCCGUCUCAGCUCUUUUGGUUUGGAAAAUCUGGGCAGUCUGGAGGGACAAAUGGUUAUUAAGAACCUCAAGAUUACUGGUACAAUCACAGCUAAAGAACAAAAAGGCAACAGUAGUCAUCCAUACACUCUCUAUACUGUGAAGUAUGAGACAGUAGUGGGCACAGACUGCCUCAGCACCGAUCAGGCCAUUGGAUAUCAUACCGUGAACCGCCGCUACAGUGAGUUCCUCAACCUGCAGACCCGCCUGGAAGAGAGAUCAGACCUUAAGAAAGUGAUUAAAAAUGUCAAAGGCCCAAGGAAGCUGUUCCCAGACCUCUCGUUUGGAAAUCCGGACACAGAAAAAGUGGAGGCCAGGAAAGGCCAGCUAGAAUCGUUCCUCAAAAAGUUGUGCAGUAUCCCUGAGGCAGCCAAGAGUGAGGAAGUACAGGAGUUUUUGGCCCUCAACACUGAUGCCAGCGCAGCUUUCGAGAAGAAACCAUGUAGCUCACGCAUAGAUAAGAUGGUAGAGAACAUAGUGGACACACUGAAGACUGCGUUUCCUCGUUCGGAACCGCAGAGCCCCACGGACGACGGAGAACCGGACGUGGACAGGAGAUCGCCAGACAGCAGGAAGAAGUCACGACUAAGGUUUUCCAGUAUAAUAGCCUCCACCACGCUAAGCGUUCCAGACUUCCAGCCCAGAAUCACAUACUGCUUCAGUGAGGGAAGCACGGUAUUUAAAGGCCCUUUAGGGAUUGAGGGCUUUGUGCUGGAGCAGGAGAAGAGGCUAGAUGGAGAGCCCAGGAAGAAUAAUAGAAGAGGUGCGGAGCAGGAAGACAAGGAUGGAGACAGAGCAGCGGAAAAGAAAACAAGAGGGACAGACACAGCUCUGGCAGAUGUGGCGCUAAAUAUCCUGUGCUUACUGAUGAAGGACCAGUGGAGCUGGUUGUGUACAGAAAACAUCCAGAAGACCAUCCGACUGCUCUUCGGGACUAUCAUAGAAAGGUGGUUGGAGGUCGGAAUAGCUCACCUGACCAGUGCCCCAUGCUGGGUGAUCUACUUGCGGGUGCUGCAGGAGGCUGUGUGGCCUGGUGGGGAUUUACCUGUGGGCCCACAGCCUGAGAGGAGUCCACAACAGAGGGAGGAAACACGCCUGCAGUGCCUCGACUGCCUCAUGAAACUGUUUCCAGAGCUCAUUCCUGAUAUAUUAGGGUGCGAGAAGUAUAAGCUGAGUUGGGAGCAUAUGCUGGAGUCUCUGCAGGACCCUCACAUCAACAGGCACCUCAUCUACUGCAUCUUUGACCUGCUGCUGGAAUUCCUGGUUCCAGAAUCUUCUGAAGAAGGGUUCCAGAAGUCCCUUCUCCAAAGCCUGUCUUGUGAUGUAGAAGCAUCUGUGUCUGCCUGAGACAAACAAGUCUUAAGCUGUAGGAUGUGAGCAUUACUGCUACCGAAAGCUGAUUAGUUGGUGAGUUGAUCAUCAUAUUGGCUGAGUAAAGCAGUUUACUCUCACUGAUAUCAUGAAUGUAAGGAAGCUACUGUUAUAAACCCAUUAACUGGAACUCAAAAGCACUCCAAAACAUUAGAGCUGUGUUCUUGUGCUGAGAAAUUCUUAGACUGAUUUGUCUGAUUUGUUAAAAUUUCUUAUAUUUAAAUUAUGCAAGUCUUGCUGUGCUACUCUUGUUUUAUUGCUAAGUUUUGGGUGGAAAAGGGUUGAAUUCUUCUGUUUUUUGCUCUGUGGUAUCUGGGUAGAUAUAGCUUAGUGAACUGUCCUAAUAAUUAGGACUUUAAGAGCUGGACAGAAAGCUAGGUUAACUGAAGUGUUAGGUUAACACUGCAUAAUUAGGAAGUGACAAAGAUGUCAACAAAUCAUGUUUUUGAUCAAUUCUGUGAGAACAACAUCACUGUAGGCCUUCAAGUCAAUCAGGUCUUAUUUCCACAAGUAGAAAUUGAGGGGUUGGGGUUUGGAACAGCCAGCUCCCAAAAGAAAAUACCCAAUAAAUGAUGAUAUUGUGGAUGUCCAAACAAAAACUAGUAUCUCCAAAAUAGUAACUUUAACACUCUUACCCUUUAGUGUAAGUAAAGUCCGAGUGAUUUUAGAGCAUUUGUAUUGGUCCAUUCAUUAUGAAAUUUUCACAGAGCAUAAAGGACAGCUGGUGUUGAAAUGAUAUAGAAAAAAAAGGCAAAAAUGGAAAUGGUU